GAGCCGUUCUUGGGCGACAGCACAGAGACCCUCAGAGGUUGACAUCUGAACGUGAGCUCGAGCAGGCCCUGAGCAGCUCGUGACCUGGACCAGUUGACGACCAUGCUGCUCCUUUCUCCCGUCAUCGUCUGGCCCUCGCUUCUGCUACUCGCAGGCAUAUUCGUCCUACAACGCCUUCGCUCACCGCUCGCCAGCGUGCCCGGGCCAUGGUACACGCUCUUCACCUCGCUCCCGCUCAAGUGGCACGAGUUCAACGCGAAUCGCACGCGCCACAUCCACGCACUGCACCUGCGCUAUGGGCCGGUGGUGCGGAUCGCGCCCAGGGAAGUCGCCUUCGCCUCGGCGGCGGCAGUCAAGGAGAUCUACUGCUCCGGCGGCAGCGGCUACGACAAGACCGAGUUCUACGACCUGUUCACCGUGUAUGGCCGCCGGACCAUGUUCAGCACCCUCAACAAGGAGGACCACGCCCGCCGGAAGCGCGUGCUGGCCGACCGCUACGCCAACAGCAACGUCAUGAAGCCCGAGAGCCUCGGCGGCAUCCAGGAGCGCAGCGCGCGGCUGCUGGAGCUGGUGCGGCGGAGCGCCACGGGGGCCGGCCGCGGGACCCUGGACCUGUACAUCACCCUGCACUCGUAUGCAUUCGACUGCGCGUCGCACCACCUGUUCCACCCGUUCGGGGCCAACUCGCUGCAGAGCUGCGAGGAUGAGGAGAUCAUGCGGGAGGUCACCUUCGACUCCUCGCUGCAGAACCGCCUGGUAAGGUACUACAGCCCCGCGGCGCACAGGGUCAUGGGCAGCGUGCUGAGGCUGUUCGGCGCCACGCCGAGGGAGACACCCCUCGCGGAUAAGUUUGUGCUGGACAACAGUGUCAGGGGCCACGAUGCGAGGAGCUUCACGCUCCUGAGCAGGCUGAGCGACAAGUCCUGGGACCUGGAGAGCCUCAGCAUCGCUGCCGAGUGCCUGGAUCACAUGGCCGCGGGGAUCGACACCACCGGGGACGCCCUCUGCUUCCUCAUGUGGGAGCUCAGCCAGCCGCGCUCCCGGGGGUUCCAGGACAGGCUGCGGGAGGAGCUCCGUGGCGCGGGAGCUGCCGAGGCGUGGGAUAAGCUUCCGUACCUGGACGCUGUUGUCAUGGAGGGGCUCAGAUGCUUUCCGGCCAUCCCCAUGUCCCUGCCUCGCUACGUGCCCAAGGGCGGCAGGACGAUCGACCGACACUUCAUACCCGAGAAGACAAUCGUCAGCUGUCAGGCACACUCUGUCCACCGCAUCGACGAGACGGUGUUCCCCGAGCCCGAGCUGUUUGACCCAGGCAGAUGGCUCGUACGGGAAGGGGACGCCGAGAGGAGGAGAUCAUUCUUUGCCUUUGCAAACGGGGGCCGGGGAUGUGUGGGCAAGCAUCUGGCGCUCGCUGAGAUGAAGAUCCUGCUGAGGGAUGUGUAUUCUGCGUUCAGCACGCUCCCGGACCCAAGCAUGUCUGCGGCGGAGAUGGAGAUGUCGGACCAGCUGAUCUCGUCCAGGCCAUUAGGGCAGAAGUGUCUGUUGCGGUUCAUUCCUGAAUCUAUACAUAUAUAAAAGUAUGUAUGUGCCCAUAUAUAGUAACUGAUACAUUAUCCUGGAGUAUAUCGGAAGUGAUACCAACAGGGGCUAUCCCGCAUACAAAAGACUCCGAAGCAACCGCCCAAUGCUAUGCUGUAGGCUGGGUGGACCAGUCACACCAAAAUGUUUGAGAUCUGGGCUGGGAGGCUCUGUUGGAAGCGCAAGCAGCUAGGCAGUCACUCAGUUUGUAACAUGCAGGAGAUGACCAAGGGGCUCCGAGGCCAAACAGUCAUCUUGAACCACUCAGCCUUCCAAGCCUGCCCAGGUGAUGAGUGCAGGCUGUGUGACAUCGGCUAGCUGCAGGGCUGACCUGUCACGAAGAUGC